UCAGUCCCCCAUUUUUAUCCAGUGGAGUGACACAUCCGCUCGUUUUUCUAGACGUAAAACGCAAUUCCCUGGUGAUUUUCUAAAUUUUUGCUAGCUGUCAGUUUUUCCGGGAGUCGACGGGAAAGUGACGAGUUGAGAGGAAAAAUAUUUUGGGAAUUACGAUGGAACGGUUGACUGACCAUGACGAGGCUGUCCUGGAGGCUAUUUUCGAUCCGCUCCAGCUAAUGUCCGACGCAAAUAGAACUCGAUCUGAUGAGCUUCACGUCGAUCCAAACGAAGAAGUUAAUGAGGAAAUUCUAAAGCUCGUGAAAUUGGGGAUUGAGACAGCGGAGGCAGGGGGCAUCGACGAGGCCCUCAAGAUCUUCGACGAGGCCCAAAAAAAGGCCCCAGAGGACGCGGGAAUUUUGAACGACCGAGCGCAGGCCCUCAGACUCGCCAAUCGCACAAGCGAGGCCCUAGAAAAUUUAAACAAGGCCCUGAAAAUGACGGGAUCCCGAGGAAGAGUAGCCGGUAAAGCCCUGUGUCAGCGAGGUCUUCUCCAUCGCCUGGAGGGUCGUAAUGAUGAGGCGAGAAAGGACUUCGAAGAAGCUGCAAACAAUGGAUCGACUUUCGCUCGUGCUCAGCUGGUGCAGCUCAAUCCUUACGCCGCAAUGUGCAAUGCCAUGCUCAGGGAAAUUAAUUACAAGUCCCAAUAAAAUCCGUAAUUUUCCAUAAUAACACCGUAAUAAUAAUAAAGAUAUAAUAUAUAAUAUUAACAAAAAA